ACAAAACAAUACCCAUCACUCUCUCCAUCCAACAUCAUGCGUUUCCUCUCUAUUGUUUCCAGCCUUCUGUCCGUAGCCGCAGCCGCGACUAUCGGUAAGCGUGCUAUCACUCCGGGUACCCUCUCCCAGGUUACCUCCGGGUUUCAAGCACCUACCAAGGCAGGCUUCUUCAUCUAUGUUCCCAAGAAGCUUGCUGCCUCGCCGGGUCUGAUUGUUGCCAUUCAUUACUGCGGUGGUUCAGCCCAGGCAUACUACACCGGUAGCCCUUACAAGACCCUGUCUGAGCAGUAUGGUUUCGUCGUAGUCUACCCAAGCUCGCCUCAAUCAUGCUGGGAUGUGAGCAGCAAGAAGACUCUCACCCACAACGGUGGUGGAGACUCCAACAGCAUUGCCAACAUGGCCCAGUGGGCAAUUCAGCAGUACAAGGUGGAUACCAACAAAGUCUUCGUUACUGGUUCCAGCAGUGGUGCCAUGAUGACGAAUGUUAUGGCUGCAACCUACCCCGAGCUGUUCAAGGCUGCCAUCGCUUACAACGGAGUGCCAGCCGGUUGCUUCGCGUCCCCAUCCGGUGCUGUUGCUGCCUGGAACAGCGACUGCGCUCAGGGCAAGGUCAUCAAGACACCUGCUCAGUGGGCCAAGAUUGCGACCGACAUGUAUCCUGGCUACUCUGGCUCUCGCCCCAAGAUGCAAAUCUACCACGGCAAUAUCGAUACCACCCUCUACCCCCAGAACUACGCCGAGACAAUGAAGCAGUGGGCCGGUGUCUUCGGUUACAACUACGACAAGCCCCAGAGCGUCCAGCAGAACACCCCUCAGACCGCUUUUACCAAGACUGUCUGGGGUCCCAAUGUUCAGGGUAUCCUUGCCGCCAACAUUGGCCACACCGUCCCUAUCCGGGGUGCCGACGACAUGAAGUUCUUUGGCUUUGCCUAA